AAUACAUCACUCACCAUUGCAUGUCAUGUCGUUUGAUACCAUUUGUUGUCUUCCUCCUUACAUGGCCACAAGUCGAAAUUGUAAAUUGUAACGGUUCUUCGAUAAACGUAUCUUAAACAUGAUAGAGCAAGAUAUCAGAUCCUCAGGCUUACCAAAGGAAUAUGGAGCAGCUGCGGUCACGGUCUUUGUUGUUACCCUAUAGUAGUCAUCAACCGAUGUUUUUAAGACUGAUACCAUGUAUAACUAUACAGCAGGAGUUCUCAGGGACAUUUGUCAUCUUGUAUUCAGAAUAUGACCAUAAAGAUGCAGAGAAUUGGCAUUGUGGUGGCUUCUGACACGAUCCAACACUUGGCUUGUAAAACAAGAUUACCGCCGGCUCACUGAGUUCUGCAGCUGAAGGGCACUCCAAUGGGCAUGUAACGUAUCGUGGCCGCUUUUAUGAACGCGACGCCUGCCCGGCAGCUGCACAAAAGCUUCCCAAUCGCGCCGCCAGGUGAAGGUGGCCGGCUCGUACGCGCUAUUCUCGGCGCAGCGCGCACCAUUCAAUUGGUUCUGCGCAGAUGGAGCUCCCGGUGGUCAUGGGCCGGUCCUGCUCAGCACCGCUGAAGGUGUGCGUCUUGCUGGCCGUGAUCUUCCUGCCGCUGCUCGUGCGACAGCGCCCGAUGACGCGGCCACCUGUGGAGCUGGGUGGAGGCCAGCGGCGCUGGGAGCAGUGCCAGCGCGUCCUGCGUACGGGUCAGGUGCGCCACUCGUGGGAGCAGCCGGCGGCGGACCUCUGCAGGAAGCGGCAGUGGACGCCGUAUCAGGCUCGACGCGCGCUGCAGCGCCUGGCUCGGCGCCGCGGGCGGGACGCCAGGGUGGUGCUCGUCGGCGACAGUCGCGUGCGUAUCGUGCACAUGAAAAUGAAGGAGCGCGUGCGGCUCACCGACUACCGACGUGACUUCGACCUGAACGGCACGUACCCAACCGAGUGGCGCACCGGCUCGCAUGAGACGGUGCCCCUGCGCAUGCCCGCGUUAAGUGAAGACUGCGUGGAGGUGUUCGUGCUUGCCGCGCCGAAGGCCAAAGACGGUAGCGACGACCGGAUCGCCAAGGCGCGCUGCAGCAUAAUCAACACGGGCGCUCACCUGCGUAACGAGUUCUGGUGGAGACCAUGGUUGGACGAGUUGUACGGCCGCCGGCUGGACGAGCUGGCGGACGAGUGCUGGGCCGGCCGCUGCCCCGACCUGGUGGUCCUGGACGGCGGCGCCUGGUACGCAGUGCGGAAACGCGGCCUGGACAGCGGCCAGCCCACCGCCUGGGUGGCGCGCUUCGCAGCCGAGCUAGCGGCGCUGCAGCCGCGGCUGGCGCGGCUCGCCGCCGCCACGCCUGUGCUCUGGAAGCUGGACGAGCUGUAUAUGACGGAGGCCCUACGCGGCCACAAGUCAGGCGUCACCGGCACGCUGAUGGCACUGGCGGCGGCGCUACACGAGACGGCAGCGCUCGUGCCGCAGCUCGUCGUCUGGUCGUCGGGUGUGACCGAGGCGACGCGCUUCUACCAUUCGGUCUGUCUGCCGCUUGAGCUGCACCGGCGGCCCACAUUCACAGGUCCGGUACGUGAUGAGUGCCUGGACCCGACCCACGUGGGCAGCACCGUGCGGUGGCUGCUGGCGGAGACUCUAUUCGACGUGCUGCUUAUGGACGUGACGCCCCCCGUAAGCGGCUACUGCUGCUAGCGUAUCCGAGAGUGGGCAAUUGUAUCAAAGACGGCGCCGUCGGGGGGAGAGGGAGGGAGGUAGCAGCGAGAUUCCGCCACCGACAAAAUAUGCUUGUGACAGAAUUUGUUUAAUAUCGGCGUUUAAAUGUACUUGGUAGCAGCCAGCAGUCACCGUCGUCUCAGUCAAAAUGUACCUCAGCUCGCACCAAUUGUACCAAUGGGACCCCUGUGGACAGUCAGUUCCCCGCGCGCCGCGCUUCCCAGCCGGCUGCGGUGACGGGAGCCCCACUCCUUCCUGUUUCACCGCACUGGGGCUCGUCCUGCGUGCCUGCCAGUGACUGUUGUGCGAGAGUAAUCCUUUGUGCGACUUAGUGUGCCGUGGAUUCGUGUCAGUCCGACGAAACAGUCUACUCGACAAAGCAGUCCGCGCGACAAAGCAGCAUGCUUCUGUCGCAACAGAGAUACAUUUGUACAUUUAUAUCUUGCCAGCCAUCUGGUGCUGCUGGUGUUGGCCUACCUGCUCGAAAUAGCUGUGAGACCAGCACCACAGUCAUCGCUCCCACGGGCGUAGGAGCAGGGGAGGCCAGAUGGCCAUGCCCCCCCCCCCCCCACACACACACUUUUCAGGGUGGGGAACCUGCAGUGUUAACCCCCUCCUCCCACUUCUCAGGUUAAGGUUGUGUUUAGUUUAGUUCUGCACCGCAUUUGAAUACACAUGCCGAUUUACCUAGUUCACCAGCCAACUUCCUCAAGAUGCGUCAUCUUUUUCGUUCGCUUACUGGCCAUCGCUUAUUGUCACAGCCACAGGCCAACACCAAGCGGCCUGCGGAGACUGCAACGCCGGGCGUUCAGGCUGU